UCAUCACAUUCUCUCUGUAUCUAUCUAUCUAUCAUUCUUGUAUCUAUCGAUUUUUCACACACACACACACACACACACAUAUAUAUAUAUACAAUCAAUGGCAGAUCAAGAGAACAAAAGGGUUACAAGAAUGGCGAAAAAGAGAGCAAUGGAAGCAAUCGAAUCACAGUUAAAACCUGCCAAAAAAACCCGAGUUGUUUUGGGGGAAAUUACCAACAAUCCGAGUGUGAGAUCCGACCCGGUCAAAACCCAGAACCCGAAGUCAAAGAAAGUUAAGAAAACGGUUAAAACCCAGAAACCCAUUUUGGUUGAAGAUGAUGACGUGGCGGCUAGUGACCCCCAAAUGUGUGAAACUUACGUUGCAGAUAUAUACAGUUAUCUUCAUAAUAUGGAGAGGGAAGUAAAAAGAAGGCCAAUGGGGGAUUACAUUGAAAAAGUACAAAAAGAUGUGAGUGUGAAUAUGAGGGGAGUAUUGGUGGAUUGGUUAGUUGAAGUUGCUGAAGAGUAUAAGCUUCUUCCAGAUACUUUAUAUUUAACCGUUUCUUAUAUCGAUAAGUAUUUAUCGAUGAAUGUUCUUAAUCGACAACGGCUUCAACUUCUCGGCGUUUCGUCAAUGCUCAUUGCUGCGAAAUAUGAAGAAAUUAGUCCUCCACAUACGGAAGAUUUUUGUUAUAUUACGGAUAAUACGUAUACAAAGCAAGAAGUAGUGAAAAUGGAAGCUGAUGUGCUUAAAUCUCUUAAGUUUGAAAUGGGUAAUCCCACAGUAAAGUCAUUUCUUAGACGGUUUACGAAGGUUGCUCAAGAGGAUUAUGAAGCGCCGAAUUUGCACUUGGAGUUUUUGGGAUAUUAUUUGGCAGAGUUGAGUUUAUUAGAGUAUGGUUGUAUCAAAUUUUUGCCUUCUAUGGUGGCUGCAUCGGUUACCUUUCUUUCAAGAUUCACACUUAAACCAAAUGCACAUCCUUGGAAUUUGGCUCUUGAGAAACUUUGUGGAUACAAGCCAUCUGAUUUAAAAGAAUGUGUUCAAGUUUUACAUGAUUUGCAAUUGAGUAGAAGAGCAGCCAAUUUGGUAGCAGUUAGAGAAAAGUAUAGGCAACAUAAGUUCAAAUGUGUGUCGGAAUUGGCAUCUCCAUCCGCGAUACCUGCUUUGUAUUUUGAUGAUGUCCAAGAAGUAUAGUUUUGAUGUCUUUGGUCUAAACAAUCCAAUAAUGGUACUCGUAAAAUAGUUGCUGCUGCUGCCUGGUUGUUUGGGCUUUGGUAUUAAAAUUGUUUUUUUCCUCUGAACACAAGCUAGAAGUAUGAGUAUGGCUGAUAUAGUUGUUUCAGAUAUUUAGUUCUAGUUGUGGAUGAAGGUUGGGUUUAUGUUCUUUUAGAACAUAUUGUUGAUAAAGAUUUUGUUUAGUUAGUAUGAGUUGAUUUAAUCUGUGCUUAUUAUAAGUGAU